AGAAACAGGGAAGACUUCCCCAAAAGUUGCAAAGCCUUUAAAUUCCCCAAAUCAAAAACUUCCCACAAAUUCUCAACCCCUCUCAAAAAACCCUAAUAUUUUUUCCCAGUUCCUGUAAAACCCUAAUCUCUAUCUCUCACCUUCUCGUAUCUUACCAUUAAAGUUAGGGUUUAUCAUCAAUUUUCUGAUCCCCGUUCCAAUUCCUAUCCACAUCUAGGGUUUCGAUAGGAUUGGUCAAUCCUGGCGGGUUCACGGGUCGGGUAAUGGCGGAUCCGCCCCGCUUCCGCUCCUUUGCUAGGCAUAUCGGAUUCUUAGGGCUAGGGUUUGAUAGAGAAGAGGAAGAGGUGGAACUUUUGGUUUUUGAAGUGUGGGAAGCAUGCUGAGCGUGCUUAGGGUCCAUUUGCCGUCCGAGAUCCCAAUCGUUGGCUGUGAGAUCACGCCGUACGUUCUGUUGAAGCGGCCAGACAACUCGAUUUCGAAUGAGGAUGUUCCUGAGUCGGCGCCCGUUGGGGGGUAUUGCAUGAGAUAUAAGUGGUACCGUGUACAUAAUGAUCGGAAAGUUGCUGUCUGCAGUGUGCAUCCAACUGAACAAGCAACAUUGCAGUGUCUAGGCUGUCUGAAAGCAAAAGUACCGAUUGCCAAGAGCUAUCAUUGCUCACCUAGGUGUUUCUCUGAUGCUUGGCAGCAUCAUCGCGUCCUACAUGAAAGAGCACUUAGCGCUGUGAAAGAAAACGGAAACGAAGAAGAAGAGCUAUAUGGACGCUUUAAUAGCACUGGAUCUGGAAUCAUCAGUGCAGCGCUCUCUAGUUCAACAUCAGGCGUAGGACAGAGCCCAAGCCUGAACAAUGGUUCUACACCUUUAUAUCCUGUAACUGCUUCAGAAAGAAAUGGAGGUGAAACCUGGUUUGAAGUUGGGCGUGCUAGAACAUAUACCCCAACUGCUGAUGACAUUGGCCAUGUGCUGAAGUUUGAAUGUGUACCUAUAGAGGCAGAGACAAGAACCCCUGUUGGAGCUCCAAGUACCUUUCUGACCUCACGUGUUAUUCCAGCUCCAUCUCCAACUCCUCGUCGAAUGAUUCCUGUGAACGGACUUGAUGUCUAUGGACAUUUGGAACCUGAUGGUCGAACUGCAUCAACUGGAACAUUCACUGUGCUCUCCUACAAUGUUCUUUCUGAUGCAUAUGCGACAAGUGAAUCAUACAGCUAUUGUCCAUCUUGGGCCCUCUCUUGGACUUACCGUAGGCAGAACUUGUUGAGAGAAAUUAUUGGCUAUCAUGCUGAUAUCCUUUGUCUUCAAGAGGUUCAAAGUGAUCACUUUGACGAGUUUUUCGCGCCAGAACUUGAUAAACAUGGAUAUCAAGGACUUUACAAGAAGAAAACGUCUGAGGUUUACAAUGGAAAUCCCAAUGCAGUUGAUGGUUGUGCAACAUUUUUCCGCAGAGACAAAUUUUCACAUGUCAAAAAAUAUGAGGUCGAGUUUAAUAAAGCUGCACAAUCUUUGACUGAUGCGGUGAUUGCAGCUAGUCAGAAGAAAGUUGCUCUGAGUAGAUUGAUUAAGGAUAAUAUUGCGCUUAUUGUGGUGCUUGAAGCUAAAUUCAGUAACCAUGGGACUGAUACUCCUGGAAAGAGACAGCUUCUAUGUGUGGCAAACACUCAUGUCAACGUUCAUCAGGAUCACAAGGAUGUAAAGCUCUGGCAGGUGCAUACUCUUUUGAAAGGAUUAGAAAAAAUUGCCGUCAGUGCAGAUAUACCAAUGUUGGUCUGUGGAGAUUUUAAUUCUGUUCCUGGAAGUGCUCCUCACACGCUUCUUGCCAUGGGUAAGGUUGACCAAAUGCAUCCAGACUUGGCCGUAGACCCCCUUAAUAUCUUACGCCCUGCUACAAAAUUAAACCACCAGCUCCCACUGGUAAGUGCAUAUUCAUCUUUUGCAAGAACUGGUGGAGUUGGUCUCGGGUUUGAGCAACAAAGAAGAAACUUGGACCCGGCAACAAAUGAACCUUUAUUCACAAACUGUACUAGGGAUUUCAUUGGGACCCUUGAUUACAUAUUCUACACAGCGGAUUCAUUGACUGUGGAAUCACUGUUGGAACUCUUGGAUGAGGAUAGCUUACGCAGAGAUACAGCACUUCCUUCUCCAGAGUGGUCUUCUGAUCAUAUAGCGCUUUUAGCAGAAUUUCGAUGCAAACCUAGGAUCAGACGUUGAAAAGCAGUGUCAGAUUUUGACUAUUCAAGAAGUGAAGUGGCCAUGAUGACUCUUAGGUUUUUGCCAACCAUUGCCUUAUAAGGGCAAUGAUUGGCGAUAGAAAAAGAAAAUUAAACAUUAUUGUUAAAGAGGAGCUUACCACAUAUCAUGUGUUAUUGUUUGGUUCAUGUAAUGACUUGGAAGCUGACUGCUUAAAAAGUACUGUUGGGGAGUUCCUUAUUAAUAAUCCCCAUUAUUAUAUGGCCAGUGAAAAAGAAUAACCCGCAAUCAAAAGAUGGUUCUCUUUUUGACUUGUCACAUGAAACGUAAAAGGUCUUGCUAUUAGAACCCUAUGUCAUAAUUACAAGUACUCAUGUAAACCUUAAAUC